GCUGUCUCCAGCGAUGCCACAGUAACCGCUGCCCCCAAUGCCCGCCGCCGACUUCGCCGCGGCCCAGGAACGCAUUGCCGCCCGCCGCGCCCAACGCGCCGCCGCCGCCCGCACACAACAUGAGGCUCGGUCCUCACGCGCGCUCACGCGCCUACCAUUCCCCCUCGACCGCCUGAGCACCGCCGGCCUCAACACAUGGACCGCCAUCCGGGGCCGCGAGGGGACACGUCCCGAGUUCCGCGUGGGUCAGGUCGACGCCGAGCUGCUUGACGAUGAGCUGCUGGAACUGCUGCGCGCCCAGGUUGGCGAGGCCCUGAAGUACUUCGGCACCCACAUCACCGACACAUACGGCGCCGAGAUCCUGCUCGCCCUGCGCGCUGUCCUUUUCAAACUCAGCAUCUGGAACAACAAUGCCAGCUACGGCGCCCAUCUACAGGGUCUGCGCUACACCGACGCGCGCUCCACCGCACCCAACCGCCCACCCCCCAAGCCCUGGCAGAAAGCCGCCUACGGCCUGAUCACCGUCGGCGGCCGCUACGCCUGGAGCAAGUGGGAAGCCUACCUCGCCGCCAGCGACGAUCCCUCACACCCCGAGCCCCCUAAUCUCGCUCGCCUCACCCACCUCACCACCUCGCUCAGCACCGCGCACGACAUCGCCUCCCUUGCCUCCUUCCUCGUCUUCCUCCUCAACGGCCGCUACAGAACCCUCACAGACCGACUCCUUCGCCUACGUCUCGCGCCCUCCGCUCACGCCACCUCGCGCGACGUCUCCUUCGAGUACCUCAACCGCCAGCUCGUGUGGCACGCCUUCACCGAGUUCCUGCUCUUCCUGCUGCCGCUCGUCGGCAUCGCGCGUUGGCGCCGCAUUCUGUCGCGCACACUGCGCCGCCUGCGCGGCACCUUCUUAUCGCUCAUCGGCCGCGCGCCGCCGUCUGAUGAGGACGCCGCUGCCGACGAGAAGCACGGCGAGCUUGCGUUCCUGCCGGAGCGCACCUGCGCCAUCUGCUACCGCGACCAGAACCCGACCAUCACGAGUGAGUCCGACUUGCUUGCUGCGCCCAGCGGCGGCGGCGUGGUGGGCUCUGCCGCGACUGACAUUACGAAUCCGUAUGCCGCGCUGCCGUGCAAGUGUGUGUACUGUUUUGCAUGCGUGGCGCAGCGGGUCGCGGCCGAGGAGGGCGAGGGCUGGGUGUGUCUGCGGUGCGGGGUGGUGGUGAAAGAGUGCGCGCCGUGGGACGGGGAUGUGCUUGAGGCGCCGCGGCGGGCGGCGAGUGCGAGUGCGAGUGAGCGUGCAGCAGGUGCCGGGGCGGGUGGGAAGAGUGUGGUGUUUGCGCGGGUGGAGGGGUCUGAUGAUAAUGAUGGUGACGCUGAGGCUGAGGAUCUGGAUACGAGUCUCCUCCAUGUCGAUCCCAUGCCUGACACUGUCGAUGCAGGUGCAAGACUAGCGUCUAGCGAGCGCGAUGAGUGGGCGAGGGACGACGAUGAUGAGUACGGGGAUAGUGACGAGGACGAAGACCAGCAGAGCGAGGAGUACGACGAAGACGAGGAGAUAGAGGGCGAAGAGCUGGAGGAGUACGAGGGGAUGUGAGUUAUGAUAUGAUACCAAGUGCAUAG